UUUACUCACUCUGACCAUCACAUGGCUCGUCCUCUGAUUCUCGUUGGUGUUUUACUUUACACUGCAGGAAUUUUGAGCAUGAAGACAUUAGAUCAUGUAACUCUGAGAGAAAGUGGAAGCAUUACAAUCCCCUGUCUGUAUAACAGUCAGUAUAAACCAAACUCAAAAUACUGGUGUGAAGGGUAUUUUUGGCAUUCUUGCCAAAUUACAGCCCGUGCAAAUGCUACAGGGAAACGGACAAUAACCGAUUAUCCGGCCCUCAAUGUUUUUACUGUGAAGCUCAACAAAUUGACAUCCUCAGACUCUGGAUUUUACUGGUGUGCUGUGGAGAUUGGCUCUCAAUCAAACCCAGAUGACAAAAAAUAUUUGUAUGUAACCGUUAAAUCAGCUCCUGAUGUGUCUGUGGUGAGCAGCAGUGUCUCUGGACAUGAAGGUGGUGAUAUCAGUGUUCAGUGUCUCUACAGUUCUAGAUAUCAGAAUAAACUCAAACGGUGGUGCAGACUUAAAGAUCAGAGCUGUUACACAGUGGGGAGGACUGAUACAUCCCAGAAUUCAUCAGUCCAGAUCAGUGAUGAUGAUGAUGGGGGAAGAUCCUUCACUGUGCUGAUGUCUGGACUGAGACUGACUGAUUCUGGCUGGUACUUCUGCUCUGUAGGAGAUCUGCAGGUUCCUGUUCAACUCCUUGUUCAGAAGGACGAUAAAUAUAGAAAUACAUCUGAAAGUGAUGAUGCUGGUCUAUUUCCCUCCAUAUGCAGAAACCAAACAGCAAGCAAUGAUCCGGAGGACAGCAACUGCUCUCCUGGCGGCUCUACUGACCAGAUGCACUGGAUUUUUCUCCUCCUCUAUACUGCUGUGCCGCUGCUUCUGUCACUGAUGCUGGUUUUAGUAAUCUGGAGGCUUAUUAAAAAACACAAUGGGGCUUUGUCCAAACGAAGACCUGACGUCUGUUCUGUGGCAGAAGGUCCAAUGACUGUUGCAUACGACACUGUGGUCUUCAAGAAAGCGGAAGACCAUGUUCAAAACCAGGUCUCCAUUAGCCGUCCUCUUGAACGAGAAGUGAUCUAUAGCACUCCGAAACUUCACUAAUAACAGAUUAUCACUGGCCAUUCACAUUAUGAAUAUUACAAUGUUAAGUAAUGGCAUUGUUCUGUUUUACAUCAUGCACAGUUUCUUGUAAAGCCGCAAAAGAUUUCAUGUGAGAAAGAAAAAGAGGAGCUUAAGUGUUGUAUGCAUGCAGGGUAAUGGUUGUGUUUUACUCUUAACCACAUCUGUAAAAUGUUCACCUAUUUAAUAGUGUGCAUGUUUGUAGAGAGACAUUUUCUUCUGCUUUUCUACUUUUAUUCUUAGUCGAUGUGAGAAGCAAAACUGAAACAUCUUUACCACAUCAGAGAACGACACAUGAGUUCAGGUCAGCUUGCAAUUAGUUACACCACUUCAGAGAAUCCCGA